UGUCAUCGUCUGAAGAUGGCUGAAGGAGAAGGCUGGUGGGGAGGCUGGCUUCAGCAAAGCUUCCAGGCCGUCAAAGAAAAGUCAUCUGAGGCCUUAGAAUUCAUAAAGAGAGACCUGACAGAGUUCUCCACUGUGGUGCAGCAUGACACAGCCUGCUCAAUUGUGGCUACAGCCACUGCUGUCAGGAACAAACUCGCAGUGGAAGGUUCCUCUGAGACCACAGAAAAAGUGAAGAAGGGCCUCUCUAGUUUUUUGGGAGUCAUCACAGACACACUUGCUCCACCCCCUGAUAAAACCAUUGACUGUGAUGUCAUCACAUUGGUGGCGACUCCAGCAGGAACCACGGAGGUUUACGACAGUUCCAAGGCACGUCUCUACAGUUUGCAAGCUGACCCGGCUACAUACUGCAAUGAGCCUGAUGGUCCCCCAGAGCAGUUUGACAACUGGCUGUCCAGCUUCAGUUUGGAAGAUAAGAAAGGGGAAAUAUCAGAGCUUUUGGUCAACAGUCCCUCUAUACGAGCCCUUUACACCAAAAUGGUGCCAGCAGCUGUCGCCCAUUCAGAAUUUUGGCAGAGGUAUUUCUACAAAGUCUUCCAGUUGGAUCAGGAGGAGGCGAGGAGAGUGGCACUAAAGCAGAGAGCAGAACAGACGACACACACAGAGACCCUGGGCUGGGAGGAAGAAGAGGAAGAUGACUUCCUUUGCGCCUCGCCAUCAUCUCAACUCAACUUAACAUCCCCUCUGGACAACACUGCAACCCAGCUGGCCACGACCUCGACAACUCCCACGGGAACGGCUCUGCUCAGCCCCAUCCUGUCUCCAAGUGAAGAGCGUGAUGCCACCCUCUCAGUUAGCAGCGACAGCGUCAGCCUGCCGACGCAGGUGGAAGUGCGACCAGAGCCCGUCGUGCAGCUGGCCGAGAAACUGACAGAAGCUAGCUUGGAAGUUGUGGUAGGAAAGACACAGGCAGAGCAGAGGCCUGGAAAGAGUGACUUACCUUCUGAGGCUCAAGUGGAAGCUGUAACCCAGCCAGAGCUGACUGCUGAAGGGGCAUCGGUGAGGACCCCAGCUUCCAAACCAGAGGCAGCAAAGGAAGAGGGGCCGCAGGACCUGAGAGUGUUUGAGCUUAACUCUGACAGUGGAAAGUCUACGCCCUCUAACAAUGGCAAAAAAGGUUCCAGCACCGAUGUAAGUGAGGACUGGGAGAAAGACUUUGACCUGGACAUGACAGAGGAAGAAGUCCAACUGGCACUCUCAAAAAUCGAAGACUCUGGAGAGUUGGAUGAAGACUGGGAGAACUGGGACUGAGAGCCGCUGCAACACGAACUCUGUCCCACCAUUAAAGCUAGUUCUCGGCAGAUGAACCAUGCUAAACGUGUUUUAACUCUUUGUCCACACUGUCACCAUGUCAUGAUUGUCAGUAGGGGAUUUUUCUGGCGGGCUUGGACCAUAUUGGUAACCCUGUUGAAAAGAGCAACGGGAAGACCAAGGCAAUAAGAAUUAGACUGUGCCGUCAGCUGUCUGUUUAGUGCAGAUACGCCGCUAGCGAGGGUAAUGACUCAGGUCUCAGCUAUUUCUUGGAGUAGCUUCUGACUUAGAGCCUAUGACACUAGUAAUAGCCAGAGGUUGUAAUCAUUCUGACCUUAAAGCUUAAGGACACGCAGUGACGAGGCAGAAUGUGAAAUGUUUCACAGCAGCAGAGGAGAAGCUGUUUUCCCUUUUUCUUUAUGCCAUUAAAUACAUCAGUGUGUGUCGCGAGUGUAUUUCCAGUUGGGCAAUGACUUAACUGCAGGCUGCACAAUAGCCAUAAACUGUAAUGCUGCUUCUCACCUUUCUAAGAUGAAAUACUUUGCAGGUGAUUUUUUUGAAUGAUGGUGAUCGAUUUGAUUCUCCCUGUGCCCCGCUUUCUUUGUUUCUUUCUUUUUCUUUCUUUCCUUCUUUCUUUCUUUCGUUCUCGUCUUAAUUAUGCAAGUGAAUCUUCAAAAUGAAAGAGAAAAAUAAUAAUAUUUUGGCCUUUGUUCACCGAGCACUUUUCAUUUUUGGAUUUGCUCCCGUCUCUAGAUAUAUAUGGCCUUGUAAAACACACAGUAGUGUGACAGUGUUUUCCAAAUGCUUUUGUUUGUAGCCAGUCAUCUGAAACACAACCAGUUAAUGUUUCAUUAUUAGUUCUUUUGCCCCUCUCUUUGUCAUAUCGUGGUUGAUUUGAAUAUAUGAGCUUGUUGCAGGCCACAUGUUACUUUCUGUCAUGUUUAAAUGUUUCACUUCUGUCUGUCUUAUUUGGGUAGAGGGAAUUUAUGAAUUAUUAGUCAUUAAGAGAUAAGUCAUAUUUGACUUAAUAAAGAGAAUUCGAACUGGUCCUGGUGACAUGAUGCUGGAUUCUUUUGCUUUUGAGAUUGAGGGUAGCAUCUCUGUUAUUUACACAAACAGGAGCAAAUGACAAAUCUGUGAUGUUCCAGGUUUCUCUGGCGGCUCAUUGGGAACAAAAUAGCUCAGCAGGCAGUGUGCCAAGUAGACGGAUGAGCAGCACGAGCACGCUCCAUGCUUUUAUGAUUUCCUUUUCCGUCAUCUGUAAUGUAGCUGAGAAAAAACAUAAGCCUAGAGAUGUAAUAUUUAUACUAAAAUAAAUGCUUAAUUAUUGUAUUAUGUGCUUUGGAUUGCAUGUCUGUGCAAUAACAUUAUGCAAAACAUUGUGCAGAUAGUUACUGUUGAGUUGUACGUUUUCGUUUCGGUAAAGACAUUGGCUUGUUCUUCAGGUUUUUGUGUUCUGACAAUGUGUUGCAUGUCUAUAAUUCUCGGCUGUGUAUUACCUUUAGAUUCACACUUUGAACUAAUCAAAGUUGCUCUACACACACAUCUGUUUUCAAAGCUGUCGGAGUUCUUUUUUUAAGUCGAGUAUUUCACUAUAUUUUUCAAAUGAUCGUUGUCAUUAAAGGAUUCAUGCCUAAUGGACUUAGUGUUUUGCAUUACACAACAAUCCAGUUUGGCCAUUUUGCUGUGAGAGAGGAAAAGCCAGAGGUGUGUUUAAACCAGACUAGGCUACGAAAGCAUUAUAAUUAGCGGAGCACUGAGUAUCUUCAAUUACAGUGUGAGCACUGCGCAGGAAAUCACCACUCAUACCAGAACUGUUGGCUCAUACCACCACCUAAUGUGUGCUCAGCAACCAAGAUGUUUGGCUACUGUGUGGAAACAACAAGACGACUGAAUUUUUUUAGAAAAAGAGUGGAAUGUCACGGUGAAAGUAAACCCCUUUUUUUCCAAAAACAUUUAAAAUAACACACUUUUUAAAAUGUCUUUGGAGUAUUUUCUGGGAAAUUGGACUACCUGAGUUACUAGUAUCUGUGGCCUCUGACAGAAUUGUACAGCUGUAUGUGGGUGGGGAGUUUACAGGGGGACAGUGCUGUGAAGAGAAGAGUCACUUAUGUUUAGAGUGUAAUGUGAAUUCAUGGUAGUGUAUGAAUCCAUGGUUUGGGGAAGCAAUGUCUAACUUAGUUGUAAUGAUGAAACAUUUAAACAUACACUUUACCCCCCUAUCAACUUUUCCAAAUGUUCAUUGAAACUAAACUAAACUGAAAUAUGUUUAUGUUCAGACCCAGGACUCUGUUUUUAUACAGCUAAUCAUCAUGUGGAAAUAUUCUAGUUUUUUUUUUUUUUUGUGCAUCCUUCUAAACACAUUCCCCUAAAAUUCAGAGUGUCAGUUUUGGUAUCUUUGGAAACUCUGGGACUACCACCAGUGGUCAGUGAGGUUUAAACAAAUUUCCAAUGUGUAUGUGUCCAAGAUUCUUUCGGGAUUUCAUGGGAAGCUUUGGGGAGCUUUGUUCACAAAAGCAGUGUGUGCAUGUAAAAAAAAAAAAAAAAAAAUGUCUGCAGUGUAAAGAACUUGUCAGCUGAUGCCGCUGUUGCUCCAUUUAUGCAGCCCUAG